AUGGCGGUCGGAUCCCGGUUCUCCAGUGGCAUCUUCAACGCCAUCUUCCGAAGAAAUGCUGCUUUCCUAACCACUGUCUUUGUCGGCGCAUUUGCCUUCGAAAUGGCCUUUGAUACCACCACCGACGCAAUCUGGAACAGCCUUAACAAAGGUCGGCAAUGGAAAGACAUCAAGCAUAGAUAUAUGGCUGCUCCUGAGGAUGACGAAUGA